AUGAAGUUUGGCAAGAAAUUGCAGCAACAAAUUCAAGACACCUUGCCAGGGUGGCGAGACAAGUUUUUGUCGUACAAGGAUUUGAAGAAGAUCGUUAGGUUAAUUUCUUCAGCUUCUUCAAUGAUGGAAGGAUCGCACGAGCAUGGAAAGACUGAAGAGGACUUUGUGUACUUGUUGGACAAUGAGAUCGACAAAUUUAAUGCCUUCUUUAUGGAACAAGAAGAGGAUUUUGUUAUCUCGCAUAAGGAAUUGCAACAGAGAAUUCAGAGAGUAAUUGAUAUUUGGGGACCAAAUGGUAGUCUUCCAUCAGAGGAGGAUUACAAAGAGAAAAUGGGGAGGGUCAGAAAAGACACAGUCAAUUUCCAUGGUGAAAUGGUGCUCUUGAUGAAUUACAGCAAUGUCAAUUACACAGGGUUGGUUAAGAUCUUGAAGAAGUAUGACAAGAGAACUGGUGGGUUGUUGCGUUCGCCUUAUAUUCAGAAAGUGUUACAGCAACCUUUCCUUAGAACUGAUGUCAUCUCAAAGCUUGUCAAAGAAUGUGAAAGCACCGUAAACACGAUGUUUCCAGUUGUCAGAGAAAAAGAAAUGCGAGAAGGAAAAGAAGAAAUUGAAGUUUCAAGUGAAGGAAUUUUUAAGACUACAAUUAUAGCACUACUGACCAUGUAA